UUUAAAGAAAUAAAAAUAAAAAUAUUUUCUGAGCUCUGAGCAGAGAUUAAUUAUUUUAUUUUAUUUAUCCAUUAUUAUUAUUAGGAGAAAUAAAAAAAAAAAAAAAGGAAAGAAAGAAAGAAAAAAGGAAACUUUCUGGAGAAAAUUUUGAUUUUGAGGGAAAAUAUGGAAGUUGAAAUGGAUACAAUCGUCUUCUUCCGCUAAAAAUGACGAUCCUAAACCUAUGCCGACCUUCUCGAGACGUGUAUGAUCUUUCAAUGGACCGCUGCUCAAGAUUUCUCCCCUGUCUUUCCGAUCCCGUUCGAAGAUCUGCUUUGGGUUUAAAAGUUUCAUUGGUGGUGCUUCAUUUGGUAUAUGCUGUUAUUCUUUUUCUUAUUGAUCGAGAUUUCAUACAAAAGACUAAAAGUGAACCCUGGUACUCUUUUGCAUACUUGGUGCUCUUUGUUGCCACAUUGGCUCAAUACUUUAUUACUUCCAGCUCUUCACCUGGAUAUGUUAUUGAUGCGAUAAGGACUUUAAAUGAGUCGAAUGCGGUUUAUAAUAGAGCAGCAGUUUCUUCAAGACAGCCUGCUUCAAGCAAACAUGGAAGUGUGGCUGUGUCGGUAGACUUGAAUGCUGCGGCUGGAAAUAAUAAUUCAACGUCUUGGUCUAAGCUAGUGAUGGGCAUGUAUCCACCUGGAACCACCAUUAGAACAUUAACUUGCUCCUACUGCAAUAUUGAACAGCCUCCACGAGCAAAACACUGUCACGAUUGUGAUAAAUGCGUCCUCCAGUUCGAUCACCAUUGUGUUUGGCUUGGAACAUGCAUAGGUCAGGGUAAUCAUUGUCGAUUUUGGUGGUACAUUCUUGAAGAAACAGUUUUGUGCCUUUGGACUGGAUUUCUUUACAUCACUUUCUUGAAGGCUGAUAUAGCAAGGGCUUGGUGGAAGGUCGGACUCGUGAUAUUGCUGUUGAUUAUCUUAUCAAUUUCCUUGAUCUUUUUGUUCCUCCUUUUAGUUUUCCAUAGCUAUCUUAUCAUGACAAAUCAGACUACAUUUGAGCUUGUAAGACGUAGACGCAUCCCCUAUCUAAGGGGAGUUGCUGGAAGAGUACAUCCUUUCAGUGACGGGGUAUGCAGAAAUAUCUUUCGUUUCUGCUGUGAACGAUCGGGUAUGUACAGGUUAGAACCGUUGCCCACAGCUCAGGAACUCGAGGAAAAAUCAAGACCUUACACAUGUUCGGAUUGUGUAACUUGUCGUUGUUGCUAAUAUUGAUUUGCAUAUUAUUUUUUCCUUUUUCUUUUUCUUCUCUUUUGGCAAAAGAAAAAAUUAAUGGGGAGAAAGUAUAUUGUUAAACACUACUUCAUUGGUUGUUAGAAUGGCAUUAGAGAAAGCCAAUGAUGAAUAGGCAUUUAGAUUGUUUUGUUUUUUGUUUUGUAAUAGAGUUCAUUUGUGUCACUAUUAUGUGAUUUUUUUUGCUGAACUAAAAAUUGGAGAUUGUGUUUCAUAUUGAUAUUUUCCAAGGCUUUCCUAUAUUGCCCAA